AUGCUCAGAAGAAUCAAAAAAUUAUUCGGAUUUUCGGUGAGUUUUUAUUUUAUGCACAAUUUUAAUCUUAAAAUUCAAAGUGUUUUGCAGUCUCGCGGAGCCUAUUUCCCAAACAAUGAAGUUUCGCCAGCUGAUGGAAGUGUUCUUUCUACUUCAAGUCGAAAAAUGACGAAAAAACAACAGAAGAAAUUAGCAGCGGAGCAAGAAAAAGAAGCCGAGAAAUCAUUGCAAAAACAAGACAUAGAAGUUGUUCAUAGCAGUUUCCAACAAUCAAAUGAAUUGGUGAUUGGUGGAGAAGAAACUGUUGGAAGUUCACAAAAAACUGAUUCGGUUUCUUGUGGAGAACAAAGUGAAAGUAUGUUUUUUUUGAAACCAGCUAUUUAUUUUCAAAAAAACAUUUUUCAGAAUUUCCAAGUGCUCGUUCUUCUGAUGCAGCUCCUUCAUUAAAAGCCGAAGCAACUUCAAACGCAAGUUUAGCUGGAUCAACAGUUUUGCCAAUUUCCAAAAAGACUUCAUCUGACUCGGAAUAUUCAACUGAUACUACACAAGAAGAUGAAGAUGAAAACAUCGAAUUGUGUAAUGUACGAACAUUUUUAUCUGUUUUUGAAGAAAAUUAAAAAAAUCAUGAUUUUUUUAGGAAAUGGCUGUUGAUGUUCCAAAUUCGGUAGAGAAAUCAGUGCUUCGUGUAAAUGUUCCAGAACCAUGUUUUGAGGAAGAUCCAAAAUCAACUCCAAUUUUCACAAAAGCAGACGAAGAUAUGGAAAAACAAUGGAGAGAUUUGAACGAGCAAUUGAAUGAUAUUUUGAGCAAACCAGCUCCAUUCCAAGUUUCGACUUCACAUCUUCCACCAAUGAAAAUGCUUGAACAAUCACAAGUUGAUAUUUCAAUUGAAGAAUUUGAGGGGAAUAAUUCAGUGACUAGAAUUCUGAACGAAUCCCAUGAAAAGACAUUGAGCAGCCCCGAGCAAAAACAUUUGCGCAGUUUUGGAUACUAA